CCCGCGGGGGAGGAGUGCAGCUGGGCCGGCCUCUUCUCCUUCCAAGACUUGCGGGCUGUGCACCAGCAGCUGUGCUCGGUGAACUCGGAGCUGGAGCCCUACCUGCCUGCCUUCCCCGAGGAGCCCUCGGGCAUGUGGACGGUGCUGUUCGGAGCCCCGGAGCUAUCCGAGCAGGAGAUGGACGCUCUCUGUUACAGACUGCAAGUUUACUUGCUCCACAGCUUGGAUACCUGCGGCUGGAAGAUCCUUUCGCAGGUGCUCUUCACGGAGACUGACGACCCUGAAGAGUAUUACGAAAGCCUGAGUGAGCUGCGACAGAAGGGGUACGAGGAGGUGCUGCAGCGGGCCCGCAGGCGGAUCCAGGAGCUUCUGGAAAAACAUAAGAACACAGAAAGCAUGGUAGAGCUGCUUGAACUAUAUCAAAUGGAAGAUGAAGCCUACAGUAGUCUUGCAGAAGCUACAACAGAGCUCUACCAGUACUUACUACAGCCAUUUCGAGAUAUGAGGGAACUUGCGAUGCUUAGAAGACAGCAGAUAAAGAUCUCAAUAGAGAAUGACUACCUAGGCCCCAGAAGAAUUGAGAGUCUGAAAAAAGAAGAUGCUGAUUGGCAGAGAAAAGCCCACAUGGCUGUGCUUUCUAUUCAAGAUCUUACAGUUAAAUACUUUGAAAUAACAGCUAAAACACAGAAAGCUGUGUACGAUCGAAUGCGAGCAGACCAGAAAAAAUUUGGUAAGGCAGCAUGGGCAGCAGCAGUGGAACGUAUGGAAAAGCUUCAGUAUGCAGUUUCUAAGGAGACUUUGCAGUUGAUGCGUGCUAAAGAAAUCUGUUUGGAGCAGAAGAAACAUGCGCUGAAAGAGGAG